AUGUCGUUAGCGACAUCUCCACAGAAGCUAGUAGAUGCUGCGGUCUCGACAUGGGGCCGAAUUGAUAUUGUGGUGAAUUGUGUCGCGCUUGCCGUGAACAAGCCAUUCGAAUCACAGACUCUCGAAGACUGGGACUUGUUAGUCAAUACAAAUGGACGGAGUACAUUCCUCCUGACUCAAGCAAGCUUGCCUCACUUGACGAAAGGGUAUGGGAGGAUUGUCAAUAUUGUGAGCAUUUCCGGCCGUGGGCCUCCGCCAAACCAGACCAUUUAUGCGGGAACAAAAGGGAUGGUGGACUCUUUUACAAAAUGCUGGGCUAAAGAGCUGCCACCCAAAUAUGGCUGCACAGUUAAUGCUGUCAGCCCUGGUCCUACAAAGACCGAAGGCUUUGCGGCUGCCGGCGAAGACCAGAUGAGGAUUUUGCAGCCCGUUAUCGACCAAACCCCGGUUGGACCAAGAAUGGCGGAGCCAGAGGAGAUCGCUUUUGCGGUCGCAUUCCUCUGUGAGGAGCGUGCACGAUGGAUCAACGGAGCACAUAUUGUUGCAUCUGGUGGGCUUUUCGUUGACUAA